AAACCCAACCAUCGCGUUGUCGUCGAAUUAAUUGUGGGGGAAUCAAGUGAGUCGCUGGCUUCAGUAGACAUCAUCUGCUCGCAGAGUGAAGUUCAAUUUAAACUAGCAAUAAAUAAAUAAAAAAGAACGCUUAACUCACCAUGGCUGCCUCGUGCACCGGAAUAAUUUUGACGCUCCUCGUCGUGAUAAGUCUGCAAGAGUUGCUGUCACUUGCAGCACCAGCCAUCGAGAAUGCCGCGUACACUAGCGUGGAUUUAUUCGCUGAUGAAUCAGAGCCAGCACAAGUGGCUGUGUUAGCUCCAUUCGUCAAACGCCAUCGUCGUCACGAUGACGAUGACUGGGAUGAGGAACCCCAUUGCAAUCACAGACACAGAGGACACAGGAGACAUGGUCAUUGGCAUGGACAUGGACCGGGGCGAGGAGAUGGUCCUGGUUUCGGUCAUGGACCAGGACCUGGCUUUGGCCCACCACCGGGACCUGGCUUUGGACCACCACCUGGACAUGGCUUUGGUCCAGGACCUGGUCGUGGAUUUGGCCCAGGAUAUGGUCAUGGUCCAGGACACGGACAUGGACCUGGCCACGGACCUGGCCAUUGGCAUGGUGAAGAUGGUAGUCAAAGCUCUGAGGAAAUACUAAAUGUCAGCAGUCCAGCUCCGCCCGAAGAAGCAACCACACAGCCAACACCAUCAACAUCAAGCAGCAUCCCCAUUGUGACUACAACAGAGGACGCCACGCUUGGCAUUGAUUUACGUAUUGGCAGUGAUUAGUUCUAAGUUCCAAACUCAUGUUCAUAAAGUGCAUUAAAAGCGUUACAUUAAGUCCAA